AUGCCUGAGUCAGGAGAAUUGGUUGAUGUCAAAGAUCGAAAAGUGAAGGCAAAGACGAUCACGUUCCAUCGCAAGAAGAAUCUUCAGUAUUACGAUAUUUCUGCUAAAUCUAACUACAACUUCGAAAAGCCAUUCCUAUGGCUAGCCCGUAAACUUUUGGGUGAUCCUAAUCUCGAGUUCGUCGCCAUGCCGGCACUUGCUCCUCCCGAGGUUACGAUGGAUCCAGCUAUGGUUGCUCAGUACGAAGACGAUUUGAGAAAAGCAGGAGAGGCUGACUUGCCCGAUGAUGAUGACGAUCUCUAG